AAUAUACAAAUAUACAUACAAAUAAUAUUAGUAUUUUUAAUGUAGUACCAAUAAGUAAUUUUGGUAGGAAUUUUUUUUCCCUGCUAGGGCUUCCGAGGUUUCCUUUUUCUUCAUCUUCUCUUCUGAACUAAAAGUAUUGGUGUCGUUCGUACUUCUGGUCAUGCCUAGUCGAGAGGAUGUCUCUGCAUAAUGAGUUGGUGGGGUUAAGCAUGGAUGGUGGCUGCUUUAGAUCUUCUACUUCAGAUUGUAUUGAAGCAUCUGGAGCUUCUCAAGCUUUUGGAUCUGAGCCUAUAUUGGUGUAUUUUUCGGGAUUUUUUGAGAGAUUCCGCGAUCUGUGUUUUUCUGGGUUUUCUGCAAUUUUUUUGCUCGAUAGAAGCUCGAUAACGGUGUAUUUGUUGGGGCAAAUGAAAUGUUGAUAAAAUGUUGGUAUAAAGAAAUGAAGAAAUCAAGCCCAAAAUGAAAGGCCCAAUCCAAUUCUUGACAAUGCCAUGUCAUCAAUCCAUGUGCUUCUUUCUCCACCAUUAGAUUUGUAACUAUAGGAAAAGAUGACAAUUUUGAGCAUGAAUCCAUGUUCUUUUUUUUUAGACCAAUAGGAGUGUUAUCCUUUACCAAAGAAUUUAUCUAUAAAUAGGAGUCUCAUUUCACCAUUUCAAGCACACCUUCUCUUACACCACUUCUUCCAUCUCUCUAUUCUCUCCAUCUUUUUCUUUUCUUAGAUUAGUUUUUAUGUAUUUUUAGAGGAAUAAUUUGGAAGUUCCUCCUCCAAAUUUUCCUAUUUAUGUUGUAAUUUUUAUUUUGUUUUUGAUAGUUAUGGGUUUCUAAUCCACUUAAAAUUAUUAAGGUGGAGGAUGAACCAAGAUAUAACUAUAUAGUGUUUAUUUUAUGUUGACCUCCCAAAAUGAGCAAUAAAGUUUAUGAUUUUUCUUCUUCUAAAUAUUUCUUUAAUCUAUAAUAUCAUGUAUUUUAGAUUGUUAGAACAUAUUUUACUUGGUUCUUAAUUGUGCAAAAACAUAGUAUUCUUUGAUUAAGAUGUGUCAUUAAAUUGUUCACAUCCAAUGCUUAGAACAAAAAUACUAUAUUUUGCUUUAGAAAUAACAUUAUUUGAUUUUUUUGUAGUUUCAUUAAAUUGAUUCACAACUAAUGCUUUAAAGUUAUACUAUUGAAGUGAAGGAAAAUCUAUAUUUUUGAAUUAAAGAGAGCUUAAAGGAAGUAUAAUGUUUUGGAAAAGGUAAUUAGAUUGAUUUCAAUUAUCACUAAAAUUUGGGAAGUCAACAUAUUAAUAAAUAUUAUUAUUUAUAUUUUGUGGAUUCUAAAAUCUUAAUAAUUUUAUAAAUAACUAUUAAAAACAAAUCUUUUUAGUUUAUUCAUUUUAACUUUUUUUAGUAUUUUCUUUCUUUAUUUUAAAACAAAACACAUCAAUCUUUGGAACUAGGUUAGAAAUUUAUUUCACUUUGGUAAAAAUAGUUUUCUCUUUUGAUUUAAGUCAACUCCUUUGGGUUCGACCUCGUGCUUACACGAACACUAUUCUAUAAAUACGAUUCGUGCGCUUGCGAGUAUAAAUAUUUAAAACAUACCCGUUUUGGGUCCAUCAAGUUUUUGGCGCCGUUGCCGGGGAGUUGUAAAGAAGAGAAACAAUUUGUGUCAAGGUGAGUAAAAUUCUUCUACUAGUUAUUUUAUUUUUAUUGUCAAAAAAAAAAAAAAAAAAAAAAAAAUCUAAGUAUGCUCUGUGGUUGCGGUUUCGACUGAUCUUCCACAUCAGAAAAUGUUUCUUGUCUUUGUCAUUUAAUUUUAUUAUUCAUUUAUGUUUGCUAAUUUUGUUUUGUUAUUUAAUUGUUUUUAUUUCUUGUAAUUUUAAUUUGCAAAAAAAAAAAAAAUUAAAAUCUCUUGAAAUUCUAAUUAUGCUCUAUGGUUGCAAUUUCAAUUGACCUUCCAUAUCAGAAAAGGUUUCUUGAGAUUUUCACAAAAAUAUUGUCAUUGAGUUAUUGCCAUGUUUCCUAUUGGUAGCAUAGGUUACAUGAGCCAAAAUGGAUGCCCUUGGAAUAGUACUAGGAAUUUUAACAAUGCAUAUCAUCCUAGGGAAAGAGAAGACAUCAACGCUCAAAUAGAAAAUUUGUCUAGAACACUAGAUGUCUUACAAGCUAGGCAAACUCAAGAUGAUCAUAGGGAGAUAAAUAGUGCAUUUCACUCUCAUCACCAUGAGAAUUGUAGUCAUCCCUUGGAAAAUCCCAUUGAUUUUAGUUGGAAGCCUGAGUACAACUAUUAUGCAUCAUCGCACUUUGAUUAUAAUGAAACCAAUGAUGUGCAUGCUUAUGAGAAUUCCUCAGAAAUCCCAUUUGAUCCCACCUAUAAUCCAAAUUCUACAUGGAGUCAAAACAUGUCUCCAAUGAACCAUGUGCAUCAAUUCAACACGCCUAAUCUGGGUUAUGCCCAACCCGAUCUGUCAUAUCCUCCUCAACCAAAAAUUAAUCCAUCUCUAGAGGAUACCCUACAACAGUUCAUGCAGUCGACCCAACAAAUUUUGCAUCAUCAAUCUCAAUCCCUUUUGAAAAUUGAGACACAAAUGAGUCAACUUGCAACUUUUAUGAUCGAGUCAGAAAAACAAGUUCUUCCUAGUCAACCCACUCACGACCCAUUAAGUCAAAAUGAGAGUGAAAAAAUGAAUGAAGUUGUAGGAGAACCGUUGAUAAGCAUCCAACCAAUUCUUGAAACUAAGAAGUUGGAUGAAAUGAUUGUUGUGGCUCAUGAUGAAAAAGAAAAAGAUAUUGUUGUAUUUCAUGAGCCAAUAGUUGAACCAAUUUACAUAUUCACUCAAAGUCCAAAUGAGAAUAAAAAAGAUGUGCAAUUUUCUUACUUCAUUGAAAUGCCACCAAAAUUGCAUGUCUCUAAUUACUUUGUAGGUGUGAUGCUUUCAAUUCUCAUUUAUGGCAUUUGCAUCAACAUUAUAGUUCACCCUACAAAUGAAAUUCUACACCAUCGAUUGGGUGUAGGAUAAAAAAUAAAAAAAAAUAGUCGGGCUAAAGACUAUAAACUAAAGCGCUUUGUGGGAGGCAACCCAUAAGUUUCAAGUUUCAUUUUGUAUUUCCUUUUGUAUUUCACGUUUGUUGUGUGUUUGUUUCAUGUUUUUCAAGUUCAAAUAAGAUUGAAGGAAACUUCUAGCCCAAAAACGAAGGAGCCAAAUCAUGGAAGCAUACAUUCAAGGGAGUUUUCUUAACUUUUUCAAAUUUAUUGCUCAUUGAGGACAAUGUUUUGUUUAAGUUUGGGGGUAGUGUUAUGUGUUUUUUAUUAUAAAAUGUUCAAAAAAAAUUUUUGGUGAUGUUUCAUUUUUAGAUGAUAAAUUGAAUUUGAAUUUAGUUCUUAGAAAAAUGUGAAUAUUUCUUAAGCUCUAUUUUUAAUCUUUGAGUUAGUCUUGCUUAAAUAUAGAUUUUUCAUAAAAGAACACUUUCUAUCUUUCUAAGAAUUUUUGUGUAAUUUAGAUUAAUUUAUAUAAGCAUAAAAUUUUGUAAAUCUCACAAGUCCUAGAAUUCGAUUAAUUAUCUCUUGAGGCGAAAUCCUAGAAAAGCACAUCAUUAGGGAAAUGAUUUAGGCUAUCUUUGGAACGUUUGAGCCUUUUGACUUAAUCACCGUUACGCACAUUAUUCCCUAGUUUACCCCAUUUGAGCUAAACACGAGCCUUGUUAUUGUUUUACCCAUAUGUGAAAUCUAAAACUUCUUCAUGAAUUUCAUUCUUUACACAUGAGAAAAUAUCAUAGAGCUAUGCAUCUUGAUUUGUUACCAAAGUGAAAAUAGGAAAGAAAUUCGGAAAGCCACAUCUUAAAAAAAAAACAAACAAAACAAACAAAAAUAUUGUGGCAAGCUAAAAAAAAAUAAAAUUGAAGACUCCAAAUGGGUGGAAAGAAUUACUAUGGAAAUUUUAUGGCGUAUACUUGAAAUAUUGUGAUGUCUAGUGAAAAGUUCGGAAAUACUCAUGUGUUAGGAAAAAGUGAUCUAAGCUUAAAUUCAAUAUCAUUUUUCUCACCUUUUUCUUUACCCGCACAUUACAAGCCUAUAAAGUCCUAUUGAUCCUUGAUUUUGUGUUGUUCUACAUUACUGGAGAGAGAUAAGAAAAACGAACCUAUGGGACUUUGGUACGAAAAAAAAAUUAAUUCAUCAUUCCUUGAGAUUUAAUUAUUUUAUCUUUGCAUAAAUUUUUCCAAAAUUCCACAUGAUUACUUGGUAAAUAGUUUUGUGUUUCCAUAUUGAAAAUUAGUUGUUGAAAGCAAGAUUGACUAUUGGAUUAAUUAUAUGAGCUUAAUGUCUCUUCAUAAUUUUCUUUGAGCUACUUUCAUUAUGCAAUUUUUGAGGAAAACAUUUGAUAUCUCCAAUUAAAAAAAAAUAAUGUGUUUUUAAUUUUUCUUUUGCUUGAGGACUAGCAAAACAUUAAGUUUGGGGGUGUGAUAACUCUACAAAAUAGAGUUAUUUUACCACAUUUUAUAAGCCAAUUGUUGCUUAGUUCUUGAGUUUUAAAUUAAUUUAUCAAUUUUUUAAGUAAUUUUGAAUUUAUUAGUUUUAUUUUGAUUUUAUGUAUUUUUAUUUAUUUUUUGUAUUUAUUUUGUUUAAUUAUGUUGUUACUAAUUUAUGUGUGUUUAAUUUCUUUAUGUAGGUGUAUUUGUUGGGGCAAAUGAAAUGUUGAUAAAAUGUUGGUAUAAAGAAAUGAAGAAAUCAAGCCCAAAAUGAAAGGCCCAAUCCAAUUCUUGACAAUGCCAUGUCAUCAAUCCAUGUGCUUCUUUCUCCACCAUUAGAUUUGUAACUAUAGGAAAAGAUGACAAUUUUGAGCAUGAAUCCAUGUGCUUUUUUUUUAGACCAAUAGGAGUGUUAUCCUUUACCAAAGAAUUUAUCUAUAAAUAGGAGUCUCAUUUCACCAUUUCAAGCACACCUUCUCUUACACCACUUCUUCCAUCUCUCUAUUCUCUCCAUCUUUUUCUUUUCUUAGAUUAGUUUUUAUGUAUUUUUAGAGGAAUAAUUUGGAGG